GUUGAAUAAUUAAUCCUUGCAUUCAACACUUAUUACUCCAGAUAUUUAAUCACCAGCCAUUUUUGUUUACACCAUAGAUAACAAGAAGAAUACUCAGAUAGGAUAUCAUGGAUCUUGUGGAUCUCAAAGUCUCAUUUCAGCAGGGGAUUGUCUGUGAGAGCAUAGGCUUUAUUCGCUUUGAAGCCACAGAUGUUCAUGGAGUGUUUAGAUCAAAGACAGUCCCAGCUUGCUUCUUUCAAGCCAAGGCUGCUUAUGGUGCAUCCAUGUCCAGAAGCUCUCUGGAGUUACCACUGUCCUUCUGCUCCCUGAUCUUUCCACAGUGAUGUCCUUCUGCUCCCUGAUCUUUCCACAGUGAUGUCCUUCUGGUCCCUGGUCUUUCCACAUUCCCGGCUCUUCCCUUGGAUGAGCAAACCACUCGUAUCAUUUGCAAUCCCUGAACCAUCGCCUGGAUACCACUGCAUACUUCUCUCCGCACUGUUGCUAAGGUCAUGCUUGGCCAGAUUCAAACCUUAGGGUUCUUCUUCUUUUCCUCCUUCACAUAAAUCUUAGGAACUCCAGACCAGCUGGGCGCCAAACUUGUCUUUCCCGCUACUACCUUGCUGAAUAAUCAUGAUAUGCUUUUCCUACAGCAGCUGCUGAGAGAGAUGUACCAUAUGGCUGUUGAUGUGGAUAGCUUUGCAUCUGCUAGUGGUUCACAUCAGAUGGAGAUCUGUUUCAAGCCUAAGCUUGGGAUUGGAGCUGCUGACUGUGCCUUCACCUUUUGCACUGGAAUUAAAGAGAUGGCCAGGAAGUAUAACUAUAUUGCCACCUUCCUCACAAAUGAUGUCAUCAUACUCUCUCAUAGCCUGUGGGAUGCCAAUGGCAGGGGAAAUGUUUUCCAAUCAGACACUGAGGACUACAGGGUAUCAAGUGUAACCUCAGCACUGAAGAGGCUCUUGACAGAACUCCAGCCCAGCAGAAGUUGUUUGCAAUUUCUGUGAAGCUUGAGGAUUGAUUAGAGGCCCUGGGAGAAGACAGUGUGAUACGUGGGACACUAGGUGAGCCCUUUGUGCAGUAAUCUAGUGUCUCUUUCUGCUGAGGUACACCUAGCCAUGGUC